AUGUCGACUUCAUCUCAACUGUCACCUGACUCACACGCCUUCAUCAGGCGAGAGGACUCGCCUCCCUUUGAAGCUAUGCUCGCGCGUCCGUACCGCCUGACUACCUCAUCAACCCUGAUGGUGCAGCCCAUCCUAUUUCUCCCGAGUAUCCCCACUUUGGCGGCUGCUGCGACCUUCACGAGGAUCCUAGACCUUGCAGAAGAACCAACAGUCAGAAGCGCCAAGAUCAUCGGUUACACUCUGGGCAAAUGGCAAAGCCUUCCUACAAGAUUGCAUGUUUUACAGGGUGAGUAUCCUGCUUUGAUCGACGGUGAGCCAGGGCAAGUUGUUUCCAGAUCUGCGGAUAUUAUGGAGUUCGAAGGGUCGGCUCAAAAACUCACUUACUACGAGAUGAACACAAUGAGUCGCUGGCAGAAGUACUACUAUCUGUAUUCUGGGGACCCGAAAACCCUCGCUGGAGCGACGAUUAAAUCGUCAACUUUGGACCUUGCAAAUAGGGCGUAG